AUGCCUGCGGAAGACCAGCCAAUGUCGACUCCAGCCGUCAUGAAGAGGGCAGCAGUCACUUAUGGUAGGCGUCGAGAUGAUGUCCCAGCACUGACUGCACCAGACGCUCCCAGUUUGCCGACGAAUGGCGAGGAUUUCCAUGAUGACCUGAAGCCAUUCGAAGACGCGUCUGGUACGACCAUAGCACCUGACGAGGAGCUCGAAGAAGAAUUGGACACGCCUACGGUUGGAUUUGGCUGGCGGGCCAAGUUGAAGGAGCUCGAUAGUCAGUUUGACAAUGUUGAUCACGUUCCAAUCUCUCGCAAGGCACAAGAGCCGGAAAGCGGGGAACAUGAUUCAAAGCGGGUAUACAACGCAGAGUCAACGCAGGCUCGGUCACCUUCGCCACUCGGCGGCUCAAGGCCCGCUGUGCUCGAAGAACCUCACUCAGACUCAGAAGAUGAACAGUCGUCCCCCACUGCUGCUACUCCUCAUCGACAAGCCUCUCCGUUCACGCCUCCAACUUCUGAGACGGAAAUGCCUUCUGCAAUAUCGAGAAAACUGAAGGGGAAACAAAGAGCUAUCGUGCAUGACAAUGUCCCCGACGCCAGCCUAGGCGACGUCUCUAUGGACUCCCAAACGAACCGCGCGGGAAAGACGCGCGGGGGUAAAGCACCAACGAAGAAGGACAAGCGCGAAAGCGUGCUUGAGAAUGCUCGUAUCCAAGCGAGCAGGCGCGUGGAAGUAACUCGCGCCGUAGACGCACAACAUACAUUGGAAUGGCUUCUGGAUCGAGUCAAGGAGGGGCCGACCACACUGACAGCUCCUACGGUACCAUCUUCCGACCCUAUACAACAAUUCUCCUCAUCACCCACGGAAAUCCUGUCAUUGGAUGUUGAGUCCAGAAGCACCAGUUUUGGUGCGGCGUCGUCCCUUCUAGGCCACCCGGCCCAUAUCAUUUCGGAUGGACCAGCCUCGGAAACCGCGAAUCUGUCUAAUCAAUCUGAUGACGAGGACAUGCCAGAUCUUGCUACGAUCAUGAAGCGCGAAGAGCAGCAACGAGCGAGUACACAAUCGAAGCAAGACCUCCAACGAGUCAAAGCAGCUCUUUUGCGAGCACAGGCCACAAACGCAUUCCCACAGGAAGACAGCGACGACGAUCUCGAGGUCGUAAAGGAGGAUGUGCACGUUACUGCUGAAGAAGAAGCAUCGAAGCGCAAGAUCGACAAAGCUCUUGGAACGUACAAAGGAGGCAAAAACAUAAUCCCUCUGCUUCGUGGGGCUGCUAUUCCUCAUUCAGCCGGCGCAUCGAAAAGCUCACCACUGAAGGGUCCCAGAUCUUUUGAGGCUACGCUUCGCGAAUCAUCCCGCCCGGCCUUCAUUGCUGCAGCUAAACACGAGAGGGACCAGAAAGGAGUCCGAAGCCUCAAGGAUCUCAACUUGAUGCUGCGCCAGCAAACCGAAAGCGAGAACGCCAAGCAGAUCAAAGACAAGGAAGAAGAGUGGGUCAAAAGGGGAGGCAAGAUUCGGCGGGAUGAAGAGUUGGGCCAGUCGAUCCAGGAGAAGUUAGCUGCCGCGCGACAGAAGUUGCAAGAUGUUUCGGAGCCUGGCCAAGACGACGAUGAAAUGGACGAUGAGGAUUAUGCAGAUUCACAGGGUAGUGAUGAAGAUGAUGAGGACUAUUCUCCGGCCAUACGUGGUUCAGCGUCUCCCGAGCCCGAGAGGUCCCCGUCGUCGAUAGAUGCAUCCGAACAGCUACUGGCAAUGACGGAGACCGAUGACGAACGUGAUAUUUCAGAUGACGAGGAGAAUCUGCCCAGGAAACGACAGACUCGGCCCACCAGGAUUCUGGACUCCGACGACGACGAAGAGAACUCUCGUCCUUCUGGUAGCAAACCGACUUCUAUGGUCAGUCACGGUGAAGACGACAACGACAAAGAGAACGACAAUGUCGCGUUCGAGGCCAACGAUGACAAAGAGAAUCAGAGUGCUCUGCGGCAUUCCCCUCUGUCGUCUCGUCCAGUUUUGGGAAGCAGACCUGGGUCUUUGUUCGGAUUGGAAGAUGGCAUGAGGGGUGGCCUCGCCUUUUCAGAUAUCAGGAACGAAAGUUCGAAACCUGAGGAAGUUCGGACGCCCUUAAAGGAGCUACGCGAAGACGACGACGAAGCCGAUCCAUUCUCAUUGUCGACGCCGCAGGCAGACCAGUCGUUUACCUCUCGUCUCCUUAGUGCAAGAUCAGUGUCUCCGGAAGCAAAGAUCUCGACACCAAGGCGUGGAAGUUCCCCUGAUGGCAAGAGUGGCGGGUUCAAGUCGCCAUUAGGAACAUUUGAGCCGCCAUUCCAAGAGUAUAGCUCAAAGGAUGGUGGUGGCUUGCUAGCUUCCUUUGAACCUUCCUUCCGUGAGGCUACUACUAACCAAGGAUUAUCACAAUUCUUUGCGGCGACGGGAGCCGCUAGCUCUAGAAAAGAUACCCAGGGUUUAUCGCUCACCCUUGACGUCGGUCUCCAACCUGCUUUGGAUGUGAAGGAGUCUGUUCGACGCCAAGCUGAUGAUAUCUUUGACAAAGAACAAGCUGACGUCGUAGAAGCCGCCAACAGGAAGCCAGCAUCGAAAGAAGUACUAUAUGUGAACGAUCAUGGGUUCCUUACUCAAACCCGCCCGGAGUCAUCGACACCAAUACUCUAUCGUCACCCGACGCAGCUGACCCAACAUCCCACUCAACGAACUAGUCUGAUGGACCAGUUUACCCAACCAUUCUCGGAACGCACCCCUUUGCGAACACUCUCUUACUCCAAGGACGUCGAGACAUCGGGCCAGCCUCUUACUCGUCUCAGAAGGCGGUCUUCUUCUCCUACGCCAGACGCACGGGCGACAGCCAUUGAUAGCCCUAGCGUACAACGAAACGCCUUUGAUGUGCUUGGAAAGGACCCCAAGCGAGCGCAGAAGAAGUUAGCAAAAUCAGAAUAUGUGACGGCCGAAGCGGUGGAAUCAGACGAAGAGGAGGCAUUUGGCUUUGGCGCUGGCAAAGGUGAAAGUGACGAAGAGGAGGAGGACGACCAAGACAAAGUGGUUGAGGGCCUCUUAGACGAUGCAGGCAUGGACGAGAAUGCCAAGAGAGAAGAUUUGGUUCAAGAGAAAUUCCGUGAGCACGUAGAUGAGGAUGAUCGUGCGCUGGAGAAGCUCCACCGGGACGCUGCAGAAGGCAAGCUGAGGAUGAAGCGACGUGAUCGCGGUGUUGGUUUCGAGGAUGAGAGUGACGAUGGGGAAGACGAGGAACUGUCAAGAAACAUUCGCAGGGGGAUGUACAAGAAACGCAAAAUUGAUGGCGACGAUCUUGAAGCACUUGGUCAAAACCAAGAAACCAGAGCCUUCUACGAUACCUAUCAACAGGACUUGAUGGAAGAUGAGAACGAGUUUGCUCAUCUCCAUCAGGACGAUGCAGCCAUGAUGGACGCUGAGGACGAAGAUGACCAGGGCAUGGAGGCAGAGGUAUCCGUAGACGAAGUUCGAAGGCAACUUCGCCAGGUUGCCGCCGAAAGCCGAGAACAGGAGGACCUUGAGACUCUAAACCCUUAUGAUACUUCAUGGGUUGACCGAGGACAAGACGAGGACGAGGACAUCAACAUCAAAAUCUUAUCGUCAAAGGGAGAUAGGCAGGCAGGUACCCAGCCCGACAACCAUAUCCAGCAUCGUCAGGGGGACAGAGGGAGCGAACAGGAGCGAGCUCAACUGAAGACAUGGUCCAGAGGGCAAGGGUCUCGACGUCAAGGUACAGGGCGGUCAGGGGCCGGGUCUGCUAUCACUGGUCACAAGGCCAAAGUAGGCAAUGGUACUUUGAAGAACCUUCCCACAAACAAGGACACUGGCAAUACCGGCGCCAUAGAUUCGCUUGACGAUGCAUCCGUGUAA